AAGGUAAACUUUUCAUACCUGUCCAUAAUUUUCCCAUAAACUGCACAAAGGGAAAGUUCUAAAAUAACAGAAGGAGAAGAACAGAAAGGAAAAUAGAACGCGUCUUUCAUUGUUGAAUGCUUCUCUCUUUUUCCAUCUCUUUCUUUCCUUUUUAUUUUAUUUUCUCUCCUCCCAAACACCCCAAAAAAUUAGGGUUGGGGUUAUAAAAAGAAAAACAGAAGAAAGAAAAGGAAAGACCCGGAUUUCCAACUUAAAAUUCUUGUAGAAAGAACUUUUUAGAGUACCCUUCGAAGAGGGUACUAAAAAAAUGGGUUCUUUUUCAGCUUCAGUUAUCAAGUGGCAGCCAUUUUUCUUACUCUUCUUCUUUGUAUUAAACUGUGACGUUUUGGGUGAUAAUUCUUCAGACAAAGCUGCUCUUCUUGAGUUUAAGAAGUCUGUCUCAGAUCCUUCAGGGCUUUUGUCCACUUGGACCGAAACUUCCCAUCACUGUUCAUGGUCUGGUGUUUCAUGUGACAAAAACUCCAAGGUUUUGUCUCUUAACAUAACUGGUUUUGGAAAAGGGCCAAAAGGUAAUUUCAACGGUACAGCUGCUUCAAUUUCUUUUUCUUGUUCUGAUUAUAGUUUAUUUCCAUUUUAUGGGUUUGGUAUUAGAAGGAAUUGUGGUGAAGUUAAUGGGAGUUUGUUUGGAAAUUUGUUGCCUUCUAUUGGAAAAUUGAGUGAACUUAGAAUUUUAUCACUUCCUUUUCAUAGAUUUGUUGGUGAAAUUCCUACUGAAAUUUGGGAGUUGGAAAAUUUGGAAGUUCUUGAUUUAGAAAACAGUUUGUUAUCUGGGUCAUUGCCUGUUGGCGUUUCUGGGUUAAAGAAUUUGAGAGUUCUUAAUUUGGGGUUUAAUAAUAUUAGUGGAGAGAUACCAAGUUGGCUUUCGAGUUUGGAACAUAUGGAGAUAUUGAAUUUGGCUGGUACUCUUGCGAAUGGAACCAUUCCUGGAUUUGUUGGAAGGUUUAGAGGUGUUUACUUAUCGUUUACAUGGCUUGGUGGGUUGUUGCCAGCUGAAAUCGGUGAAGGCUGUAAGCUCGAGCAUUUGGAUUUGUCAGGAAAUUACUUCGUCGGGCAGAUUCCUGCUAGUUUGGGGAACUGCAGUCAGUUGAGAUCGUUGUUGUUAUUUACGAAUAUGUUGGAGGAAGUGAUUCCACGUGAAAUUGGUCAGCUUCAGAAUCUUGAAGUGUUGGAUGUUUCGAGGAAUAGUUUGAGUGGUCCCAUACCUGUUGAGCUAGGGAAUUGUUCUGGCUUGACUGUGCUUGUGCUUUCAAAUAUGUUUAAUCCUUAUGAUGACCUUGCUAUGGCUAAGGGGGAUCCAUCUUUAAAUGAGGAUUUUAAUUUUUAUCAAGGUGGGAUUCCUGAUGAAAUUGCAAAGCUUCCAAAACUGAGGGUAUUAUGGGCUCCAAGGGCAAUGCUUGAGGGCAACUUACCAACUGAUUGGGGUGCUUGUGAUAAUUUGGAGAUGAUAAAUUUGGCUCAGAAUUUUUUUGCUGGGGAAAUUCCUGUUGGUCUUGGUCUCUGCAAGAAGCUGCGGUACCUUGACUUAAGCUCAAAUAAGCACCUUACUGGAGAGCUUAUUGAGGAACUUGCAGUUCCUUGUAUGAGUGUGUUUGAUGUCAGUGAAAAUUCCUUGUCAGGUUUUAUCCCUAGAUUCUACAACCGUGAAUGCCCUGAUAUUCUUUUCUCAGAUUCGUAUUCCUUUGAACCCUUCAACCCAACUUCUGCAUAUUUAUCAUUUUUGGCAAGUAAAGCUCAGGUUGGAACACCUUUUGAAUUUUUUGGAGAUGGUGGUCCUGCUGUGUUUCACAACUUUGGAGGUAACAACUUUACUGGCAGUGUCUUGUCAAUGCCAAUCGCACCACAAAGAUUAGGGAAACAGAUCUCUUAUGCAUUUUAUGCUGGAGAAAACUUGCUCAGUGGACCAUUUCCUGGGUAUUUGUUGGAGAACUGCAACAGAUUGGAUGUACUGUUUGUUAAUGUUAGCUACAACAGAAUGACUGGUCAGAUUCCAGCUAAAAUCAGUAAAGUUUGCAAAUCUCUCAAAGUUUUGGAUGUGUCUGUGAAUCAAAUAGCUGGGCCCAUUCCCCCUAGCAUUGGAGACUUGGUUUCACUUGUUUCUCUUAAUUUGAGUUGGAACCGAUUACAAGGCCAGAUUCCAAGCAGUUUUGGGCAAAUAAAGGAUCUAAGGUUUCUUUCUUUGGCUGCUAACAAUCUGACCGGGCCUAUUCCUUCCACCUUUGGGCUGUUGCAAUCUUUAGAAAUGCUAGAGCUGUCAUCAAAUUCUCUUUCUAGUGAAAUUCCUAAAGGUCUGGUUAACUUGAGAAACCUGACUGUUCUUCUGCUCGAUAACAACAAACUCUCUGGGCAAAUUCCCUCUGGUUUGGCAAAUGUGACCAUGCUCUCUGCAUUCAAUGUGUCCUUCAAUAACUUGUCUGGGCCACUGCCAUCAAGCAAUAAUUUGAUGAAAUGCAGCAGUCUUCUUGGAAAUCCUCUCCUACAGCCUUGCCUUGCAUAUUCCUUAAUGCCAUCUUCAGAUGAAGCAAGUGCGGGUGAUUCACAAAUUUAUGCUGCAUCACCACCGGGAUCUGCAGCCGAAAGGAAUAAAAAUAAUGGUUUCAAUUCAAUUGAGAUAGCAUCUGUAACAUCUGCUUCGGCCAUUUUUUCAGUUCUUCUAGCUCUUGUUAUAUUAUUCUUCUAUACCAGAAAGUGGAAUUCAAAAUCCAAAAUUAUCAGCACCACCAAAAAAGAAGUGACAAUUUUCACUAACAUUGGGGUCCCAUUGACAUUUGACAGCAUUGUGCGGGCCACUGGGAAUUUCAAUGCUAGUAACUGUAUUGGGAAUGGAGGUUUUGGGUCAACUUAUAAAGCUGAGAUUUCACCUGGAGUUUUAGUGGCAAUAAAGCGGCUUGCAAUUGGGCGGUUGCAAGGCUUUCAGCAGUUUGAUGCAGAAAUUAAAAUUCUUGGGAGGUUGCGCCACCCAAAUCUUGUCACUUUAAUUGGCUAUCAUGCCAGUGAAAUAGAGACAUUCCUUGUAUACAAUUAUUUGCCAGGUGGUAACUUGGAGAAGUUUAUUCAGGAGAGGUCCACAAGAGCUGUGGAUUGGAGGAUCGUCCACAAGAUCGCUUUGGACAUAGCCCGUGCUCUUGCCUACCUACAUGAUCAAUGUGUUCCACGAAUUCUUCAUCGUGAUGUCAAGCCCAGCAAUAUCCUUUUGGAUGAUGAUUACAAUGCUUAUUUAUCAGACUUUGGUUUGGCCAGACUUUUGGGAACUUCGGAAACCCAUGCUACCACAGGUGUUGCUGGAACUUUUGGGUAUGUUGCACCGGAAUAUGCAAUGACUUGCCGUGUAUCUGAUAAGGCUGAUGUUUACAGUUAUGGGGUGGUGCUCCUUGAGUUGCUCUCAGAUAAGAAAGCUUUAGAUCCAUCGUUUUCUCCUUAUGGAAAUGGUUUCAACAUUGUUCAGUGGUCUUGCUUGCUCUUGCGACAAGGCCAGGCCAAGGAGUUCUUCACUACAGGGCUAUGGGAUGCAGGUCCCCAGAAUGACUUGGUAGAAGUUCUACACUUGGCAGUUGUGUGUACUGUCGAUUCUGUCUCUACAAGACCUACAAUGAAGCAAGUAGUACGACGGCUGAAGCAACUUCAGCCACCAUCAUGUUAGUUACUUGAUAAAGCUUAUGUUGAUCAACAUAGUCUUCAUAGGAGGUAAGCCCCAAGCUUGGUCAUUGCAGCAGGCUGCCCUUAGGUAGAAUUCUAAGCUGUAGUUAUUGCCACUUGUAAAUUGUAAUACAGUUUUGCCCCCUUUUUUUCUGAUGCUAUUUCUCGGAUAGGGGUUCACUGAUGACUCUGCAGAAGAAUACGGAAAUGUAUAUUUUUUAAAUCCAAGUUGUACACAUGUAUUUGAGUUUCAUUUGAUAUCUAAUAAAACAGUAGAAUAGUUUUCCUCUCUUCACAGUUCAUAUGUCGUGUCUAUUUUAGUUUAAUCUAUAUGAAGCCUGUAAUGCAAAUAUCCUCUGCUGUGAACUUACUUUCUGCAACUCUAGAAGGUAAGUGAUGUUGAAGUUGAACAGUUGAAGUUGCAGGAUGGAAAACAAUUGGCAGGAAAUUUUCCUUCACGAUGAAGUUUGCAAAUGCUUCCGGUAGAUUUUUUAUUUUGUAUCAUGAUUUCAUUGCCUAGUGUUAUUAUUCUGCUCCCAAACU